AUGGGUAUCGACAUCCGCCGCCACCACGUCAAGAAGGGCAACCGCCAGGCCCCCAAGUCGGAGGACCCCUACCUCCUUCUCCUGGUUAAGCUUUACCGCUUCCUUGCCCGCCGUACCGACUCGCGCUUCAACAAGGUCGUUCUCCGUCGUCUCUUCCAGAGCAAGACCAACCGUGCCCCCGUCUCGCUCUCUAAGAUCGUCAAGCUUACCCGCGGCUCCAACCCCGACAACUCCAAGACCGUUGUCAUCGUCGGCUCUGUUCUCGACGACGAGCGCUUCGCCGAGGUCCCCAAGCUCUCGGUUGCCGCCCUCCGCUUCUCCGGCGCUGCCCGUGAGCGCAUCCUCGCCGCCGGUGGCGAGUGCCUCACCCUCGACCAGCUCGCCCAGCGCGCCCCCACUGGCUCGAACACCGUCCUCCUCCAUUUCGGCGGCCCUCUGAAGGGCGGCGCCCCUUACGUCGGUCAGUCUGGCCGUCACCGCAAGCAGGAGAUGGCCCGUGGUCGUCGUGCUUCGCGUGGCUUCAAGAUCAAGUCGUCCCACAAGUAA